AUGUCUGGGCUAAAAUUAGAAGAUCCAACGGUGGAUGUCGCUGACAUUGAAAAGUAUCGUAUGGCUUUUUUGAUGCAAUUUUUUGUACAACACAAACGUAGAUUCCGGUUUCCACGCUUACGGUUACAGGAUCUUUAUCAAAAAGUUCUAAAAGAUCCUGAUCCUGUAGCCUUUUGUGAUCUUGCUGCUCGUAUCCUACGAUUUUUAAAUCAUGAUGAUCCAGAUAUUUGUAUGGCUACGCUAGAUCAAGCACUUGAUCGUUUCGCUAUUGAUAAGCGUACAUCAUAUCGAAUAAAUAUACAACGUCAUCGUAAUGGAAAAUUAGUCCAUCAGUUGGGAUCAGCUGCAAGAGCUGCUCUAUUGGAUAAUUUAAUAGAAUCUGUGUACGAUGAACAACCUGAUUUCAAUUUUACAACAUGUUUUAAUAGUUCACUGACGAAUAGUGGUGGACGUGGUGGGAAUAGCAAUGGUCCUGGAUCAACAACAGGAUUUGAUCGUAUGGUGGUAGAUUCAUCACAAGAUCUGUACAAUUCUGGUGGAGGGGGAGGAGAUAUCGGCUGUACAGAUGAUCCUGAAGAUGUUAAUGUUCUCAUUAAAGCUGGUCAAGAUGCUCAAGGAUGUAGUUAUUAUUAUAUGGAUGAUUUACGCUUAUACCGUGAACGUCCUCAAAGUGGGAUAUCCUCACAAUGGGAUGUUGUAGUCGGUCCAACAGCUGAUCAAUGGCUUGCAUUUAUUAUGUCAUUAAGUCGUAAUGAAAAAGAAUACGAUUUACACUGUUUUUUGAAACAAGAUCUCUUUGAAUUAGUUAAAGAAAGUCUUGAUGCCAUGGAAUUACAUGCACCAAACACCGAAUUGGAUUCUAAUUAUCUACGUACUAAAGAGUUGAAUGAAUUAGCCGAGUUGCGAAGACGUCAGUCGGGUCAUCAUCAUCAUAAGUUGACAAGUUUAUCCUCUGUUGAAAAUGAUAAAUUACAAUUGAAUAAUAUUGUUAGCCUGGGAGCAAAUGGACCAAAAAGUGCUUCACCAGCAUUCUCUGGUGGUCAUGGUCACGGGGGUGGUGGUUGUGGUGGCGGUGGUGGUGUUAGUGGAAUUGGUAGUUCAGGAAGUUCAACAUCUGGUGCUCCCCUAACGCCUAGUUCCGCACGUACACCGACAUCAGCUCCACCAGCAUCUAGUCUACAACAACAAGCUUCUUUACCUCCACCUGAUUGUCAAGAAACACAAGCAAGUUCAAUGAAACUGGAGGAUUCAAACUCAAAUCAGCCUACUAUCUGGCCUCAGGAUACCAUAUCUGCCAAGAUGCGUACACAUUCUGGUCAAUCACCAUGUGAGACAGCAGACUUAAUUGGCACACCGAAAUCUGAAGGCAGUAACACUGACUGUUCUACUACUACACCUUCUGUGGCAUUCACCAAUUCUAAUCAAGAUGUCCCUCCAGGAUCACAGAAUAAUAGUGCAGGUGUCGCUACACCUACUCCUACUACUAUACCAUCACUACUGCAUAGUCUGUCUUCUCCGGCUUCCUGUACCACUACUACUGGAAGACAUCACAGCGGUGUAUCUGGAGGUGGUAAUAAUCUAUUGAACAACAAUACUACCACCACCAUCAGCAGUAGUAUUGAAAAUGAUCAAGUUUUCUCCGCACAAUCACAAAUUUGUGAUCCAAUAGUGGUUAGUGAAUCCACUACAAUCAUUAGUACAACAACUACUGUUCCCAUGAACAAUACUCAUAGUGAUAUGAGUAAUAAUUUCCCAGUUACUCCUACAGCUACUGCUGCACCUACGCCUACAACUGGUGUUUCUGUUGUUCCCGGUCAACUUCCACCAUCAUCUCCAAUCACCACCACCACCACUGCUUCUUCACUACCUGGUGUUGCAGUUGUCAGUGAACCGUCAUCUAUCUCAUGGAAUUCACCAGGUUAUAACAACAAUUGUAAUUCAAAUAUGGCGUCAUCCUCUCCAUCGUUACAACAACGUGAGUGUAAAUUGCCACCACCACAGACAAGCAAUGAUCCCGUUUCAAUCUCUACACAACCAUCUUCACAUGUACGACCUAACAAUACAGGGGGAAUCGAUGAUACUACUAAUACUACGCCUACACAACCUACCAAUAAUAAUUAUCUCUCCUAUUCACCAACAUGUCAUCAGUCAACACAACAACAGAAUCCAAUUCCCGGGAAUCUAACUACCUCGAAACAACAAGCACCGAAUAAUUUAGAUACUCAUCCAGCUACUGGUGCUGCAAAGCUAUCUCCAUCUGAUGGCAUCAAUCCAAAUCUAUCAAAAAUGUCUAACUCUGGUCAGUUUGGUCGUCAAAUGAGUAUCGGUAGUAGUCAACAAGAUACAAGUCCAUGCAGCGGUGGAAUCGAUUAUCCAUUACCUGCACAGAAACAGUGUCUAGGAACAGGAGGAGGAGGAGGAGGCGGAGGAGGUCCUGCUACUGCUUUAGUAUCUCCUAUGAUUGGUAUUCCACCACCAGAUGCUAUCGCUGCUGGAGUUAUUGUUGGCGGUGGUGUUAGUAAUAUGCCACCAUUGACUCAAGAACAAUGGGAAAAUCGUAAAAGUAAAAUUGCUCAGUUGGAAAAAAUUCAUUCAACAUUGAGUAAAAGUAAAAGUGCUUCAACGCCUGGUGCUAUUGCAGCGGUAACAGCUGGAGCUGUACUUCAACAACAACAACAACAACAACACCAACAACAGCAGCAGCAGCAACAACAACAACAACGAUUAAUGCGUAAUUCAAUGCAACAACAACCACCACUUGGAUUAGGUAUUCCACCGUCAUCAGCAAUGAACAAUACAUCCCCAUAUCCUGAUUCACUUGGCGGUACACGUCCAUUCGACACAGAAAACUACAACAGUAUGAUGACUCGUCAACAAGGCGUUGUUGUUGGAUCAUCUAUGAAUAGUGAAUCAGCUCAACAAGAAUGGGAUAGAUUAUGUUCGGAUUAUCAACGAGGCAAAUCUGAUCCCUCUGGAAUGAUGCUGCGUUAUCCUGGAGCAUCUAGACAAAUGGGUUUUUUUGAUUCGAAUGAUGCAAAUCUGUCAUCUCAGUGUUCCACCACUAUUCCACCACAGCCUAUGGCAGCUACUGGAGUUGGGGCUGGGCCUGGGACAAUGAUGUUACCCUCUGGGCAGCAAAUGAUGACGAUGAUGGAUCAUCAUAGUCAACAACAACAACACCAACAGACUUGUCAACCGCCUGCCUACCAGAGUGGCGUUGGUGGUGGUCCUCCAGUUGUCAUGGUUCCACCGAAUAACUCAAACAUGUGUCCUGUAAAUUCAGGCUAUCCACCAGCACCACCACUAUCCAACAACGCGUUAACAUCUUUACCUCCUCCUGCUGCUGAUCCAAAACAACAAAUACCCAUUCCAACUGCUGGACAAAAAAGAUCAUAUCAUCAUUCUGUGUCAAGUGGUGAAAACUGGCCACCCAUGAAUAAUAAUUCAUCAAAUCCUUUAUCAAUGUCAUCAGUAGUAGUUCAAGGCAUAGAGAAUUCAAAUUUCCUUGGUCAUCAUCAUAUUCCACCCAAUAAUAAUAAUAAUAGUAAUAAUUCAUCAGUUGUUUGUCGUUCUGGUCAGAUGCCGAUGACAAUGAUGAAUGCGCCUGUUUCAUCCGUCGCCGCCUCCUCCUCCUCACCUAUCGGUGCAUCUGUCGCUCCGAUGACAAAUGUCGUCAGUCAACCAGUAGUGGUUGGUCGUGGUUCUGGCUCUACUAAACCCAGCACAAAGAAACGUAAAUCUGCUGGGUCGGUGAGAUCGAAUGUUGUCGCAAAUACAAAUUACUCUGUAUCAUCAGCAUCAGCCUUGUCAACAACACAACAACAGUUACCAUCACCUACUACUAAUCAAUCCUCUCAUUGUCUGAAACAAUCGCCUACUAUCACGCCGAAUAAAGCAUUGAAUUCACCAUAUAUUGUUAAUAGUAAUAAUAAUAAUAAUAGUAAUAAUGAUGAUAUGAUGUUACAAAAUAAUCAUUUCCCUCGAUCGACUGGUAAUCAUCGUCCAAUGCAUCAAAUCCCACCUGGUGGCGGUGGUGCAGGUGGGGGGCGUCCACCAUUCCAAUCGAAUGAUUCUUGUGUAAUGCACUAUUCCGAUAUGAUGUGUGGACAGAAUACAGGAUCCAUGCCUAUUGAACAAUCCAACAACAAUAUGGAUAUGAUGACAAUGGUCAAUUCUCGUCAUUCUGGAACACCAAAAAGUGGUGGUGAAUCUUUUCCUGGUGGUGGUCCUAUCAGUCCUACGGGUGGAGCUCCUCUUGGAAGUCGUAGCGGAAAUAACUAUGGUCCAGGUGGUGCUGGGGGUGGUGGUGUUGGCGGAGGCGGUAAUUAUGGAAUCAGUGGCAAUAUGAGCAAUAAACCUACAAAUCAUGCCUAUUUUAAUUCCCCUGAUACAAUGAUGAUGAUGAUGGGACCGAAUUCUGAUUCUAUGGGAAUGAGAUCAGCAGCAGGAUUAGGAGGAGGAGCAGGAGCAGUGUCAGUAGGACCAAAUACACCGUGUACUCAACAUCUCACUUCUGCUAGUCUAGCUAGUCUAGCGCGGCUAUCUCAAAUGUCUGGUCCUGAAGGUCCAUAUAUUCCUUCAUCUUCAUCGUCGUUGUAUACUUCAACUAUUGGAAGUGGUGGUGGUGGUGGUCCCCCAUUGCAUUUAAAUCGUACUGGAUCAUUUCAUAAUAAUAAUACAGAUGGAAAUUCUGUUGUCCUGCCGCCGCAAGGCACAACACAUCAACAUUCUCAUCCCCAUCAUCAUCAAGUUAUGCCACAAAAUACACGUCAGCAUAAUAAUAAUAAUAAUUCACUUACAAAUCCUGGACAUUGUGUUGUUACAAAAUCGCAUUUAUGCAAUCAGCCAUCAUCAUUACCCUCUAACAAUAUGACUGUGAAUAAUUUUAAUUUACCCCACACGUUAUCGAAUCAAGCACUUCCAGUUCACUCAAAAUUUAAUGGUCAAGGUUAUCCUCCGCAUAUGAAUCAUCCACAACUUCAGCCAACAUUACAACACCAACAACAGCAACAACAACAAGCGCUAACUGGUUCUUCUCUUCCAUCUCCAGUACCAAAUAUGCCAGUUCCACCACCUCAACCACCGCAUCAACAGCCUCCAUCGAUUCAAGUGAACAAUACAUUUUUCAAUGCUCAGCUGAAUGUCCAACAAAUGAAUUAUCAACAUGUCGGUGCGCCUGGUUCAACAGGUCAAAUGCAAAUACAUUUUGCCCAACAACAACAACCUCCACAUGAACAACAUAUGCGAUCAGUUCGUCAAACAGAUAGUACAAUUCGCAUGACAAAUCCAUCACAACCACCAUCCCAACAACAACAAGGACCACAAGCACCUCCUCAAUCGAAUGAAUACAAUUCAAUGUCAUCAAAUAAUCCUCAAAUGUUGUAUAAUUCAGAUCCUAUGAAUCAUCGAAUCGACUGUACUAAGUCUGAACUACCCUUACUUCCUCCUCCUGCGGCUCCUCCAUCUAGUUCCUCAGUGAUCACGUCAUCCAUGUGUACACCAAUGGGUGGUGGUGCUAGUGGCGGUGGAGGAUCCUCUGUUGCUGGCUAUGGAAAUGCUAGUAUACAGAUAACGCCUAGAACACCGCAUACAAUUCAAUAUCUGCCUACGGUUGCUCCUCAAACUGCUGGUAAUCAAGGACCGCCUGGUGGUGGUGGUGUCGGUGGCGGUAUGUCAUCAUCUGGCCCUAAUCAAGCUCUUCCAAGACCACCACCUGGUUAUAUUCCAUCUGAUCCUGAGAGUAGCUCGCAUCAUUCAUCAUUCCAUCAGUCGAAUCAAUCCUAUCCCAGUCAAAAUAUUUCUAGCCAACCUGGACAAUUCUAUCCACCGCCGCCACCUCAAAAUCAACAACAUUAUCCAUCAAUGCCUCAGUCAGCAACAGCAGCAGCUGUUGGUCAACAGUCUUAUGUAUCUAACUUCCAAGCACAGAAUAAUAAUAAUAAAAAUGCACAAGUAUACCCUGGACGACCAGGGAAUAAUUCAACAUUUGUUUGGAAUGAUUCUAGCUUUGAUUCAAUGACGUCAUCGGCAUCGUCGGCAUUAGGCGGUUCUAUGAUCAUGUCUUCAACUGGUGGUAGUGGUGUUGGUGAUACCAGCUUGAAUAAUAGUUUCCCGCCAUCAUCUAAUAUGCAAAAUCAAGUUAUGGAUAAUCGUAUUGUUAGAAAUAUUCAUCAUCAACAAGGAGGAUCAUUUCGUGAUCCUACUCAAAUGAACAGUUAUACAUCUUGUAAUAAUGAUAUAACAACAAUGCAAUCAUCUAUUGAUCCACUCAAUGAUAAUCUCACCUCUUCCUCCUCCUCAAAUCAUCAAAUGUUUACUACUUCUAGUCAACCAGAUGGAUCAAUACAACAACAACAACAACAGCAGCAACGUGUUAACGCUGGACAGCAACACCAACCCCAACAACCAUCAUCUCAGUAUCUCCGUCAACCAAUGGGCAGUAGUGUUAAUAGUAGUGGUGGUAAGCCAUCAGCAGGCUCGAAUCAAUCAUCACAGAAUCAGAUACACCAUCAACAACAGACAAAUUAUCAAAAUUAUUAUCAUAGUCAACAGCACCAACACCAUCAACAACAACAGCAACACCAUCAAAUGAUGAUGUCCUCCUCUUCAAUGUGUGGUGAUUAUUCCGCUGGUAAUGGUUGUGAUUGGAGUUCAAGCAAUCAAGUUCAAUUUGUUAUGUCAAAUUCAGCGUCUAGUAGUUCAACUAUUUCAUCUUCGUCUAAUACUUCUACAAUGUAUAAUAAUUGUAGUAGUAGUAAUACUACUAUUAAUAAUAAUGGUUCAAAUAUGCAUAAUAUUGUUGAUAACAAUAAUAAUAAUAUUCCUUCUAAUCUUGUUGACCCGACUAAUCUACGCUCCUCAGUAUCGAAUCCGACAAUCAAUAAUAUGGAUAAUAAUUCUACACCUAUGGGGGAGGACAUCAUCCGACGACAGGUAAACGUCUCUCUGUACCAAAUGUCCCAAUGA